AUGGAAAAAAUAUUUGAAUAAUAAACUAUGUACUGUAAAGAACAUACUGGUAAUAAAAUAAGUUAUUUUAAAAUAAAUUUUUAAGGAUUGGAUAGCGAAAUCUUCAGAUGUGGGUAAUGCGCUUUGGAAGAUUCAAGCAUAAAAGAUUAUCUCAACAUAGAAAGUAUUAAUAAUAGCUAAGAUGAUUAUAUCUUUAGUAAUUGGCCACCUAUUUGUAAUUAAAAGCUUACUGAUGAACUUAAAUAACUUUUUAAAAAUUAUGUUGAUAUAGAAUAUAAAAUAGAAAGCUAAUUUAAAGAUUUAACUAAUGAAAUUCUUCAGGCGAUUGAGUUAAAAAAGAAAGAAGUUUUAAAUGUUUGCUCAAGCUUAAAAGUAGAAAAAGAAUUAAUUUCAAGAAUUUACAAUCAGAUUUCAAGCAAGGAUGAGCUAAAAAAAAUAUUAAACUCUGAUAGUUGUAUUGAAUUAUAUAAAAGCGAUUUGAUAGAAUUUCUGAAAAAAAAACAUGAAGAAAAAGAGUCAAACAAUUUAUAAUUUUAGCUUAUGAUUGAAAAAAUAAAAAGAUACUAAGACAUUCCUUAAAUCUUUAACUUUUGUUCUAUAAAAACUUAGUUUUCAUAAUAAUUAAAUAAAUUAGAUGAUUAAAUAAAAGAAUAUGACUUUUUUAGAGAAAAUAUAAAUGAAAUGUAAAAUCAAUUAGAUAUUUUAAUUAAAAAUAAAUUAAAUGAAGAAAUUUAAGAUUUUGAUUAUCAUUUUAAUUGCUUUGCUAAAGGCUUAUGGAAAAAUUCUGAGAAUUAAGAUUUUGAUAUUUUUUAAACAAUCAAAAGUACAAAUAUCUACUUUAGUAAACAAAAUUAAAUAAAAUUACUUCGUGGAAAAGAAUAAUUUGGUAGUGAUUCAAAAUCUUAGGAUAUAAAAGUUACAUAACACUCAAAUUAAAAUGUUAUAUCUGUUUACAAAAAUUAAGAAAUAGAUUUUGGAGAAAUUUAUUUUAAACAUGAGCUUAGUAAAAACAAAAAAUAUACAAUUAGAUUUAAAUUUAAUGAUGAAGGUGGAAAAUAUAUAAUUAUUGGUUUAAUUAAUAAAAAUAAUUUAAAUGGAUUGCUUAGUUUAACAAAAUAAGGGAAGAGUUUUUGUUUUUAAAGUCCUAAUCAUGGAGGAAAUAUAGUUAAAGGAGAUUAUUUUUAUACAAUAAAAAAAGGAUUUACUUUAUAGAUGAACAUAGAUAUUGAAUCAAAAUAAAUUUAAUAUUUAGAUUUUCCAUUAAAGACCUCAAUUAAUCAGUUACAAAACGAAUUUUUACUAGACUCAGAAAGUAUUUACUAUUUAACAAUUUAGUUUGGCAAACAAACUAAAUAAAUUCCUUUUGAAACAGUUAUUGAUAUAAUUCAUUUUGAAGAAAUUGAAAAAAUUUGA